AUGCAACACGACAACAUCUGCCCGGAGCGCAAAUCAUCAGCCAGACGAGUAUCGCAUAAUAACAGUCAGGAUAAAUCGGAAUGGCAGAGGUAAUUGCUGACUAUGAAGAUGAUACAAUCUCACCUCGAGCGACGAGACGCAACGACGGCGAGCAAUGGAAUAAUUCACCUGACGAGGAGGAACACCCACAGACCCAAGUCAAUGAAGAGGAGCAGCCAUGCACAAGGGAACGCGAAUCCCAAACAGAAAGAACAAAUCUCCCCCGCAGAGAAAGCAUAGAAAGCUUCGAAAGUAUUAGCAGUCGUGCCCGGGAAGCCACCGAAUUAGACGAAAUACGCCGAAUGUCUAGCGAAAGUACAUCUGAAGGCUCAUUAUCGUCCGGCGAAUAUCGGGUUACCCCUAGACAUAGCGGCGCAACUACCACCGUCACCAGUACAAGCAAUAAUACUACAAGGGGGAGUAGAAAUAAGAACAAGAGAUUUCAGGCAAUUCGACGGUUUUGGGCACGGAAUAUCACGUUGGAAGUUCCACAGAAGGGGAAUAGGGACUAUUUCGGUAUUUCUUUCAUCCUUGAAAUUCACGGGAAAGCGUUGGAAAGAACAUUCCUAGCUUACUUACGCACAUCAACCACUUUCUCGAUCCAAGGGGUUCUCGUGGCACAACUCUUCCGCCUGCAAACAUCCAAUUCCCAAGCAUCGGGACGUCCUCCGUCACGCGUAAAUUUCCAUUCUGUCGGUGUCCCAUUAAGCGUUGCGUAUCAAGUCUGUGCGAUUCUCGUUGCGUUGUUGGGCGCUUAUCGGUUUUGGAGACAACAGAAUGCGAUUGCGAGAGGAAAAGUGUUGGCGGGAGGGUGGGAGUUGCAUGGGAUUGGAAUUAUGACUUUUCUUGCAGGAGUGGUGUUGCUGGUAUUGGCGAUUGUGAUCAUUGCUGAAUCUAGUUGA